AUGAGGGCGAACUCCUUGAAGUUGCCUAUCGACUCGGACGGUAGAGGCGUCGUCUGCAUUGUACAGGAUCAUGGCGCUCUUGAAGUGCCUCAAAUGGCUCUCAAGGUCAGAGUCCCCUUUGAAUGGAGUGAUGGAUGGCGUUGUAAACCGCUUCGGCGGUGGAGCUCAUUCCACCUCGUCGGUAAAGGGCGAGCAGUCAACUUGAUCAAUUGCCUUGCACAGGGCCUCCUCCGUGCUUCCUUUGAGUCGGAGACCUCGGAGUUGGGUUGGAGUCUCGGCAGACGCCUUCGAUGCCUCGAGCGCGACUGGCUAACUUCUUCCUCGGUUCCUAAGGGUCGAUCCCCUUGGCUUGUCGCUGCGUGUUGGUCCUCGAGCGGGCUGGUGGGCAUCAAUCGUCAUCCUCUGCUCGCAAGGAAGCUCCCAAGGGUCGAUCCCCUUGGUUGCCCUGCCCGCGGGACAGGAGAGAAGGUUGAGUUUGGAAGGAUCCCUCCACAGCUUGUCGCCGCGUGUUGGACCUCGAGCGGGCUGGUGAGCGAUGAUCGUCAUCCUCUGCUCGCAAGGAAGCUCCCAAGGGUCGAUCCCCUUGGUUGCCCUGCCCGUGGGGCAGGAGAGAAGGUUGAGUUUGGGAAGAUCCCUCCACAGCUUGUCGCCGCGAUCGCUCACGAACUCGAGCUCCUUGUGGACCUAAGCGAGCACGAACAUUGGAUUGUGGGCCUAGCCUCUCGAGCACAUUGGUCCUGGGACCUAACCUCGAAUGGCUCAGAGUACGGCUCGCAGCUGUCUGCGUCUCGUCUGCACGAUCUCGCUCUCUCCCUUACCGGUUUGCCCUUGUCUGACCAGCCUGGGACCUCUCGAAUUGCUCGCCAGCAUGCUCGUGUGUCCUCCUCUCCUCGUCACGGGGUCCAAGGUUGGGGCCUUGAUUCAAGUUGA